AUGGCGAACAGAUCCACGGCUGACAUCCAACAGCCCGCUCAGAAUAUUGUGGUAGAACUGCAAUAUCGGUCACAGACACUCUCAUCGGGGGCUGUCUCGAGUGGCAAUGCCUCUGGAUUUCAACGAUCUGCUUAUGUCGGGUGGACUGGAAUGCCCAGUCGGACUCGACCAUCUUCCGUUAUCAAUAAUGAUCGGGCUCGCUCAGGACGCGAGCAGGAGACCCAAAUGGUCGAAAUUGACGCCACUUUUGCAAAAUUACUAGGUCUAUCUGAAGGCUCAAAAAUUGGAAUUUUAAUCCAUCUGGAUCCUCCUGUUGCGCACAGCAUUAACAUCGAACCCUUAACUCCGGCCGAUUGGGAGGUCAUUGAAUUGCACGCGACUUUUCUAGAGCUCAACCUUCUAUCUCAAAUUCGAGCCCUUCCGAACCCAGCAUACAGCAGCAAAGCUUCGACCCAAGCUGAAACUACUCAUCCCCUCACACUGCACUUGUCUCCGACAUCUACCGCCAAUAUCAUAGUUACUUCUCUGGUGCCAGCCGUUCCCAGCACAUCACCAUUUGCAAAAAUUGCUCCUGAUGCGGAGGUCAUUGUGGCUCCGAAAACCCGACCUAAAGCUAGUCGGAGCACAAGAGGAGACUCUAGGAGCAUAGCUAGCCGGCGCAGUGGUAAGAGCGGGACAAGUGUCGCCCGUGGAUCUAACUCUCGGAGGACGCCUACAAGAUCUGCCAUAUUCGCCCGAGCAUUCGACCGAUCUGUUGCCAAUGCAUUCUUCGACAACAACUCCGACUUAUCCGAGAAUAGUAAACUCUGUAUCUGGGUGAGCCAAGAAGUCAUUGAAUCAAACAGCUUGAAGGGCACACCGUGGGCGAACAUCACAAUAGUAAAGCCAUCAGGACUAAGAGCACAGUUGGACUCUACACAAGUCAAUCAGCUCAAGGAGGAAGAAAACAGUGAAGUGGGAAGACCUUCGUCAAGGAUUGUGGCCAGGCUCCUUCCAUGGACCAACCCCUUGGACAAUCAGCAUGUAGUACUCUCUUCAGCAUUGUGCCAAAUGCUUGGAGUUGAUGGCCUGGUUGGUAUCAUUGUCCGAAUUGAAGCAGCUUUAGCACCGCUAUCACGAUACUCGAUCAAGAAAUUUUCCUUCUAUCCAUUCUUACCACGAAAUGGGAAAAAGAAAGAAGGCCUGAAAUUUGGCGGAGACUCUAAGGCAGCCAGGCAAGCCUUUGCGGAUAAGAUAAGAAUGACCUUUGCUGGUGAUGACAGCCUACUUUCAGGACCAAUAACGGAUGGUAUGGUCUUACCACCAUCUGGCGAUCCUUCCUCUGCAGCUUCAUUUGACGGAGGCAUUUUACGAUUUCGAAAACCUGCGGACCAUGGAGAUGAGUCUGGUGAAUCAUCCUUGUCCUGGGUCCUUGGGCAGGAACAAGACCGCGAAUUCGAUGUCAAGGACGAAAUUCCUAGGCCUCUAGACUUUACCUCUCUAUUUCCCGGUUUCUCUCACAAUGUUCCUACUACAACUUCCGAUCUUGUAGGCGUGGACGGAGUACUGAAACAAUGCAUGUCAAACCUCACACUGUGUUCGUCAGUACUCUUAACGGGUGGAAUUGGCUCGGGGAAGACUUCGCUUGCUCAGUGCAUCGCUCAACGCCUCCGAGAAGACUACGUCUUCAAUGUAACAUACUUCUCUUGCCAGAAGCUGGUAACAGAUGAGAUCCGUGUCUCAACUAUCAAGGAGACCUUAUCGAGAAUUUUCAUGUCAGCAUCCUGGUGUGCAAGAUUGGGUGGCCAAUCGGUCAUCAUUCUUGAUGAUCUGGACAAGAUUUGUCCUGUUGAGACAGAACUACAAGUUGGAAACGAUAAUGGACGCAGCCGACAGAUCACCGAGCUUCUCUGUGCUAUUGUUCGACAGUAUUGCAGUAUACAUUCCGGUGUGGCUUUAUUGGCAACAGCACAAUCCAAAGACAGCUUGAAUUCCAUUAUCAUAGGUGGACACAUCGUGGGUGAUAUCAUCACCAUCAAAGCCCCAACGAAGGAUGUACGUCGAGAUAUCCUCGACUCACUUACCCAUGAUGGCUCGGCCCCAAAGAUGAACGGCCAUGCGAGAACCGAGAGCGACAACAAGAGCAUGUCUGAGAGUUCUUGGAUGGACCCGACGAACACUUCUUCCAGACCAGGAUCAUCGACAUCCGCUCGAGUUGAAGGUUUUCGCUUAUCUCCAAGCCUUGAUCUACUUGAUAUUGCUGGGAAAACCGACGGUUACAUGCCUGCAGAUCUCGUGUUACUAGUUUCACGUGCAAGAAAUGAGACUUUGACUCGCAUCCUCUCAGAGAACGACGCUUCUGACGCCGCCCCCAUUCUGACCAAGGCGGACUUCGAUGCCGCGCUCAAGAACUUCACACCAUCAUCCCUACGCAAUGUAACCUUGACACACUCCAGCACCACCUUUGCUGCAAUUGGAGGCCUACGAGAAACACGAAAUACGCUCCUUGAAACCUUGGCAUAUCCCACCAAGUAUGCGCCAAUCUUCGCGAGAUCACCCCUUCGCCUUCGCUCUGGUCUCCUCCUCUAUGGCUUCCCUGGAUGUGGAAAAACAUUGCUCGCAUCCGCGGUAGCAGGAGAAUGCGGUCUAAAUUUCAUCUCAGUCAAGGGGCCGGAGAUCCUGAACAAAUACAUCGGUGCGUCUGAGAAGUCAGUGCGAGAUCUCUUCGAACGCGCACAGGCCGCAAAACCAUGCGUCCUCUUCUUCGAUGAAUUCGACAGUAUCGCGCCCAAGCGAGGCCACGACAGCACAGGCGUGACCGACCGCGUAGUCAAUCAGAUGCUUACACAGAUGGACGGUGCCGAGGGUCUCGACGGCGUGUACGUGCUCGCAGCGACAUCUCGGCCAGAUCUCAUCGACCCGGCCCUCCUCCGUCCCGGCCGACUAGACAAAUCUCUCCUUUGCGACAUGCCAGAUAUGGACGACCGACUGGACAUCCUACGUGCCGUGUCCGUCAAACUCGCGCUAACCCCUGAAGUAGACAACAAACUCCUCAGCGUCGCCGCACGCACCGAAGGCUUCAGCGGCGCCGAUCUCCAAGCACUGAUGUACAACGCACACCUCGAGGCGAUCCACGAUUUACUGGGCGACAUCAAGAGCGCGACCGCGGGGAAAGGCAAAGACACUCAAUCCAACGACAGCACCACCAGCGUCAACGGCUCCGGCACCCGCCGCCGCAAACGCCCCGGCAGCGACAAGCCCGACUUCAUCCAAUUCCUGUACUCGGCGGAAGAAGAUGCGCGGGCGAAGAAAACCCUCACGUCGUCCGCGACCGACUCCAAAGCAGUCAUCGCCGCGAAGAUCGACGAGCUGAAACUCGUGCGCAAGCGGCAGAAAGCGGCCUUACGGUCUGGUGUCAGUUCGUACGCGGCGUCAGCCGACGACAACACCAACAAUACCUCGUCGCAGAAGGGAGGCGGUGACGAGACCGAAAAUGGUAAGGAAGAAGUGCUGAUCGAAUGGCGCCACAUGGAGAAAUCGCUCGCCAGCACGAGGAGCUCCAUCAGUGGUGAUGAGAGGAAACGGCUAGCGGCGAUUUAUCGCGAGUUUGUCGUGGGCAGGAAUGGGGAGAUGCCGAAUGGUGAUGGGGGCAGGGAGGUUGGCGGGCGGACGAGUCUGAUGUAA